CGCUGAGCCGUCGGCGAUGCGGGGUGACGCGUUCGCAGCAACAGCGGAGGAGGAAGCGGAGGGAAGUUCCGCCGCGGGGCAGCCAUGGGGGGCUCGGGCAGCCACCUGCCCCGGGACUUGCUGGGCGAGUACCAGGAGCUGACCUUCCUGAGCAAGCAGGAGAUUCUACUGGCUCACCGGCGGUUCAGCGAGCUUCUGCCCAAAGAGGAGCGGGACCGCGGGUUCCUGAGCAGGUUACCCAGGAGCAAGAUUCUGACGCUGCCCGAGCUGCGGGCAAAUCCCUUCCGCCAUCGGAUCUGCCAGGUCUUCUCCACAGCUGAUGAUGGGGAGGGCAGCAUGUCCUUCGAGGACUUCCUUGACAUGCUGAGCGUCUUCAGUGACACGGCCACCCCAGAGAUCAAGUCUCAUUAUGCUUUCCGGAUCUUUGAUUUUGAUGACGACGGGACUCUGGACAAAAAGGAUUUGGAGAAUUUGGUGAACUGCCUGACUGGGGAAGGAGAAGAAAGCCGCCUGAACCCUGUGGAGAUGGACCAGCUCAUCCAGAACAUCCUGGAAGAGUCGGAUAUUGACAAGGACGGAACAAUCAACCUCUCUGAAUUCCAGCACAUCAUUUCACGCUCACCAGACUUCCCAAGUUCCUUCAAAAUUGUGCUGUGAGGCCCUGCCGUGUCUCCAGCUGCUUCUUGCCCGCUAGAAGCGGAUGUGACUCCUUUCAAAUCAAGUAGGAUGUAGGCAACUGCUCCAGCUGGAUAGGAGGCCAACAGUACACUUUCCUCCUACACACACUUUCUCGUGCCCUGAUCAGGCCCUCUUUACCUUGGGAGUCUGGCUGCUUGGGCCUUUGGUCCUCUGUUGAGGUAGGGGGUGGGUGGGGCUGCAUCGGGCUGGCAAUGAAGCGUGUCACUUGAAGAGGAGGAGAGCUGCCGCCAGAACCACCUGCCCCCCAGAGUCCUGGCCUUGCUGGGUCUGUUGCCCCGGGGUUUUGCUGUAGAUCAUCGCUCUGUGCCUUAACCUCACCUGUCGUGUUCGGUGCUAGCUUCUCUACCUUCCACUGUGGGGUUAUUUCUUACAAGUGAAGCCGGCACCGCUUCCCCUUUGUACAGCUUCAGUCCCGUGUGAUUUAAGGGCAUUCUUUUUCUAGAAGAGAAAAAAGUGUUGCCUGGGCAACUUGUUUUACACACUCACUUAUAACCCUGUCUGGCCUCUGCCCAUAACCCAAAAUACUAAUAAAGCUCAGGAGCUAAA